AUGGUUUCGUUUUUUAAUUCGAAAAACUUAUGGGAGCCCGAUAGACUUGUGUGCAAAUCAGGUCGUGUAGAUAUUUUCAUACAAAAUCGACCGAUCGUUUGGAGUCGAACAUGUGCAGAUUGGUAUUCAAACUUGAUCUCCGCCAAAUGGAUAUCGGUACUAUCGUUGAUCAUGGCUGUGUUUCUCAUUAGUUGGACGUUGUUUGCUUUGAUUUGGUAUGUCAUCGCAUUUUAUAAUGGAGAUUUUCGUCCCGAUCAUCUUCGUCCAAAUACAGAUCAUCGGCCAUGUUUAGUUAAUGUUGGAAAUAGUUUUCUUGCUUUUUUUCUCUUUUCGUUAGAAACUCAACAUACGAUUGGUUACGGUUAUCGACAUGUUAAUGAUGAAUGUAAAGCCGGAGUCAUUCUAUUGAUGAUUCAAUCAGCUUGUGGUGCUCUGAUAACAAUCUAUGUCGGUGGUAUUGUUUUUAAUAAAUUAGCUCGACCGAAACAACGAAUGAAAGUCUUAACAUUCAGUGAACGAGCUGUCGUUGCUCCACGUGACGGACAACUAUGCUUUAUGUUCAAAGUUGGAAGUAAUAUUGUUACUCAACUGACACGGCCAGCUAUUCGAGUGAUUUAUUAUAAGUUACAACCGACAGCAACUGGUGAUGUGAUUCCAGUUGAAAAUUUCGACAUGGCUGUACAUCCAUCGAAUACAAAUCUAAUGCUCCUCUGUCCGUUAGUAAUCGAACAUAAGAUUGAUCAAUCUUCGCCAUUGUAUCCAAUAUCACCGUUGAAACUUUAUAAUUCCGAAGGGAAUGGUACGGAUGCGUUUGAGAUUGUCGUUUUAAUUGAAGGAACAAUGGAAUCGACAGGAGAUGCAUGCCAGUAUCGAACAAGUUAUAAACCACGAGAAAUCCUGUGGGGUUUUCGCUUUAAACAAACAAGUUUUGUACUCAGCGAUGGCAAAGUCAAUUUUGAUAUGACAUCCUUCGAAGAAUUCGAACCAGUCAAUAUGGAUAUAUAUACUGGCAAAGGGAGAGGGCCGAAACUAUUUGCGCCCGUACUAUCAGAUAAAAUUCAUCGCCGACGACGACGAAAAAGAAAAUCGACUAUCGUUGAAAAUGAUGCGCCCGUACGCGUUAAUGCUUAA